AUGUCUGGGCCACCAGGGGGAGCGGAGCAGGAGACCAGGGCUAGCAGCACCACUGGACGCAAUGCAGGGUACUCGGGCAGGGGCAGUGCAGGCCGCAACAUGGGGCACUCUGGCAGGACCAGCGCUGGCAACUGCGACGCUGGACCCUCCAUACGUAGGAGGAUGCAGUCCACAGAGUGGGAUUCGUACACUGAGGACCUCACAGCCGCUCCCAGCAACGCGACAACAGGUUCCUCCAGGAAGAAAAGGAAACUCGAAGAAGCCGAGGCCAUGGACACAUCAUCAGACCAGCAAGUGAAUGAAGUUGCAGUUUACAGUCUGCAGGCUCCAGAGCCAAGGAACAGAGCUGAGUUUUUAAAAUAUUCCUGUCAGCUCAUACUUGACCCCAACACAGCAUAUAGAAAGCUCUGUCUGUCUGAAGGGAACAGAAAGGUGGCAUGGAGGGGAGAGACUCAGCCAUAUCCUGAUCACGCAGAGAGAUUUGACUACUGGAAACAAGUGCUUUGCAGAGAGGGUUUGUCUGGGACUCACUGUUACUGGGAGAUUGAAUGGCGUGGGGGAGGGGUUUCUAUAGGUGUCACAUAUAAAGGAAUAGGCAGGAAAGGAUGGGAUGGUUCUUGUGUCCUUGGAUUCAAUGACAAGUCAUGGAGUUUGUUCUGCUCUGGUUCCAGUUACUCUGCCCAGCACAAUAACAAUGAAAUUGAAAUAACUGCCCCCAACUCCCCCAGAAUAGGAGUAUAUGUGGACUUUAAUGCUGGCACUCUGUCAUUUUAUGGAGUCUCUGACACAAUGACCCUUCUGCACAGAUUCCAAACCACAUUCACUGAGCCUCUCUAUCCUGGGUUUGGGCUUGGUUAUGAUUCCGUUGUAGCAAUCUGCCAGCUGAACUAGACUGUUUUGUGUUUUAAGAAAACCUUUGUAUUGAACUCCCUGGUCUGUUCUCUCCACUCCUUGGGUGACGGGACUGCUCAGUCUGACACAACUUUCUAUGUAAGUUAGGGGGUGGUAGCAGUGAACUGAGCUAAACAAAAAUAAUUGGACUCUAUUAAAUUGGGGAGAAAACAAAAAAAACUAAUUGGUGACUACUAAAUUAAAAAAAUAACUGACAGGAUAGCGUUUUUAUAAUUGUAAACACACAAAUGUACAGGUGUUUCAGCAUAAAAUGUUCAGUAUAUCCUGAGUAUGUAUUGAAUACAAACACAUAAGUAGCACCAAGUGGCAGACUGAGUUGGCAUCUCUGCACAGUGCUAGAAUUCCCACAGCAUGUACAUAAGUAUCUCUUAAGGUGAUUGUAGCUAACUAAAUAAUUCUACAAUGUGUACCUAUAUUGCACUUCCAUUGGCUACAUAGCUCUCAAAUUUGCAGUUUUGAAAAACAUGGUAUUUGGUACUACUUUAGGUUAAAGAAAUUCUCAGUUUCUAUGCCUUAUUCUCCGGGUGCAUGUUUACUAUAGCAGGUGUUUCUUUCAACACUGCACAUUUGAGACCUAUAUAAUGAAUGGAAUUACACAGCAGAUGAGAUUCAUGGAAUUAUUUUGACAGCUACAUCCGUGUUCAGCGGGACAGUUUGGGACAGUUCAAGCUUUUCAACUCACAAUGCAUUCUGGUCCGUUUUACCUGUCUCAGGUACCAUUCUUUCCUUUAAGAGAAGCAGGACUACGCUUACCAGAAUGCAUUGGGUUGUGAGUUGACUGUUAAUUGUCCCCCUGAACACUAAGCCAUAUGGCCACUUUACCUAUUAAAUAGCAGUUCAAAAUACUUGCCAUGUCAAAGGCAUGUCAGUGUAGUUUCUAGCAGAUUCCUGUAUACAGUAGAAUCCUAUUAGCUGAAUAGCGUUUGAACUUGUUGCUGAAAUUUAUGGUAACACUAUGGUAACACUAUGAAGGUGUCAUUUUAAAUAGUUUAUUAACAUGUUAUAGAUGCUUAAAUAUGCACUGUACUGUUUUUAUAAUGCAUUAUAGAACAAGUAAUACAUGGCAGUAACAGCAUUUACUAAUGUGUUAUAAAUACUUAAAGAUAAGAUGAUAUAAGAAAUAUACAGUAAAUGAAAAUAUAAAACAUAUAUUAGCUGUAAACAAAUCGGUACAAAUCACAUUAAACACAAAAAUAUUUGCAGUUCAUUGUAUGGGUCAUUUGUUUUGUAUUUUAAAUUAAUUUUACUAAAAAUGUUUGAAGGUUUUCAUUAUCUGUACAAAUAAAUGCACACAAGAUGCUUUUUAAAUUGUGCUGGAGGAAUACAGGACCAUUCCUCAAUGAUUACCAGCCUCUAAUUCCUUCAGGAUGUGUUGUAUUGGGGAUGGGAAUCUGCAGUCAAGUCAUAAUGGCCCAGAUAUUUGUUUUCCUGACUGCAGCUUGUGCAAAACACUGCUGCCAGGGUUUUAACAAGAAGGAGAAGACAUGAUCACAUUACACCGGUAUUGACAGCCCUACGUUGGCUCCCUGUAAAGUUUAGGGUUGAUUUUUAAGGUCAUGCUUAUUACUUACAAAGCAUUAAACGGUUUGGCUCCUUCAUAUUUAAAUGAUAUUUUAAUCCCAUAUAUACCUAGACGAGCACUUUUCAACCUUUUUGAUUCCGCGGACUGGCUUUUAAAUUAGUCAGCUCUUUGCUUCCCGGCCCCUAUUAAGUUUU